AAAGAUUAGAGAGUGUGUGUGUGUGUGUGUGUGUGUGUGAGGAGCUUGUCUCACAUGGGAAAGAGAAGAGAAGUUAUUUAUUUACUUGACUUUCCUCGACUUUUGUGGAUUACUUGAAGCCGACGCGCCCGGGAUUAACCAAAACGACCGAAGGAUAUCGCGGUUUCUACUGCAAGCUAUGGUGGCUUACGAUGAACUGGGUAGCCUGGCGCCGAUCAAGCGGACCCUGCAGGUCAUAGACCACCAGAACCAAGCCGGCAAGGAGUCCGAGGAACCCAGCACCAAGCGGGUCCGUCCUCUCGGCAGGGUGACGUCGCUAGCCAACCUCAUCUCUCCGGUGAAGAAUGGGGCCGUCCGGCGCUUCGGCCAAACCAUCCAGGCCUCGUUCCGGGGCGAUGGCAAGUCGCCGGGCGCGCCCCAGAAGCCUUGCGGCAAAGCGGCAGCCCCCACGCCGCCCAAACGGAGGAACAGCACGCUGUGGUCGGAGACGCUAGACGUCCACCAGAAGGGAGCUUUCUCCACCAAGGAAAUCAAGCGGCAGGAGGCCAUAUUUGAGCUGUAUCGUGGAGAACAGGACCUGAUCGAGGACCUCCAGCUCGCACGCAAGGCGUACCACGACCCGAUGCUGAAGCUCUCCAUAAUGUCGGAGGAGGAGCUCACGCACAUCUUCGGCAACCUGGACGCCUACAUCCCCCUGCACGAGGACCUCCUGGCUCGGCUCACCGAGGCCACGGGGCCCGACGGGACCGUGGGCCGCAUCGGACGGAUCGUCGUGGACUGGCUGCCGAGGCUCAACGCCUACAAGGACUACUGCAGCAACCAGCUGGCGGCCAAGGCGCUGCUGGACCAGAAGAAGCAGGACCCGCGCGUGCAGGACUUCCUGCAGCGCUGCCUGGAGUCGCCCUUCAGCAGGAAGCUGGACCUGUGGAGCUUCCUGGACAUCCCGCGCUCGCGCCUGGUCAAGUACCCGCUGCUGCUCCGAGAGAUCCUGAGACACACCGCCCCGGAGCACCCGGACGCCGCCAGCCUGGAGGACGCGAUCUCCAUCAUGCAGGGCGUGCUGUCCGACAUCAACAUGAAGAAGGGCGAGUCCGAGUGCCAGUACUACAUCGACAAGCUGGAGUACCUGGACGACAAGCAGCGGGACCCCCUGAUCCAGCGGUGCAGGAGCCUGCUGUGUCACGGCGAGCUGCGGAACAAGAGCGGCACGAAGCUGCACGUGUUCCUGUUCACCGAGCUGCUGGUCCUGACCCGGCCCGUCACCAGGAACGAGCGCCAGUGCUUCCAGGUCUACCGGCAGCCGAUCCCGGUCCAGGAUCUCCUGCUGGAGGACCUGCAGGACGGGGACGUCCGGAUGGGGGGCUCCUUCAGGGGCGCUUUCAGCAACGCCGACAAAGCCAGGAACAUAUUCCGGGUGCGGUCCCAGGACCCGAGCCAGGCGCAGUCCCACACCCUGCAGGUCAACGACGUCUUCCACAAGCAGCGGUGGCUGAGCUGCCUCCGCGGCGCCGUCUCCGUCCACUCGGCGUCGAGCGCCGAGCGCCGCCCGUCCUCCGUCCCCGCCGUCGUCCACCCGGAGGAGACGGACGAGAACUGCCCGCGGCCCGUCUCGCGCUCCGCCCCCUGCACGCCGUGCAGCCCCACCCCGAAGUCCCCGUUGUCCCGCUCGUCCUCGUCGUGUUCGACGUCCUCGACGUCGCACAAACCCAAAAAGGACAAGAGGUCUCUCUGCUCUCUGGGGAAGAGGAAAGAGACGAUGGUGUGAGACAAUGGGGACAAAGGGGACAAUGGACUCCCUAGGUGGACGUUUUUGUAAAUGUUGACGCAAAACAGCACGGAGGAGCGUGGGACUUGUAUUUAUAUGUGUGUGUCUGCGUGUGUGCGUUUUAUUAAAACAGUGUUCUGUGUUACUGUCCUCUUCGGCAGCUAUUUAUCUCACCCCCCCCCCCCCCCCCAGUCUGUCCCACAGAGACACGGUAUCCUGGACAGACGUGCAACAAGAAGCAAACACAACUACACACAAAUCUGUGUGUGUGUGUAGUUGUGUCGUGUUGCAUUCAGCCCUGUUAUUGACUAUUAAUUUGAUAUUUAAGCAUUGUUUUUAGACCGUUUUCGGGGGGGGCGCCUGACGGAAGUUUUACAUUUUUAUGUCCUAAAGUGUCUUGUAGUCUUUCGCGGGCACCAUAAAGCAGCACUGUUUCAGCUUUUAGGCGACGUUAUUGGAAAUAUUGGACGUGUUUAACGGGCGCGAAGACGACACAAAGCUACGAAUCUCUCUGUAAACGUCCGAUUUUGAGAUUAACGACAAGACGCGUCUUAUUUUUUUUUUUUAUACAUUCCUUUAAUGACGGAUUUUUGUUGUUGUUGUUGUUCUGCAUUCACUGCAGUUGGAGGCAUUUAUUUAAAUCCAGAGACAGAUGAGACGUCCGUCUCUCUCGGUUUGGACGUCGUCUGAUGUCCAAUCGUGACCAGAACGAGGAGUUUUUGUUUUGAGACAAAAUCUUGAACUGAGCCAUGUUGGUUUUUGGGACUUUUCAGAAGGAACCGGAUCACUUUUCAGCGUAGCGUCUUUACAUCGUUCACGUGGAGCUUUAGUUGUGGACACACGGACGGAUUUACACAGACAGUGUCCAAGAUGGACAAUAAGAGAAUGUUGUUGAAGGCUGAAGGGAAAAGAGAAAAGACGGAUAAAGUUGGGGGUUUUUGGAAACUGAAAUGGAUCGCCAGUGCAAGAUGUUUAACUCCAUUGACUUCCUGUGUAAGUUGAUGUGAUAUCUUGCUCGUAGAUGGACGAUGGAUGGUAAAAAUCAAGUGGGUGAAAUUGAUGGAAAAACAGUAUGUAGGGGAAGGGAGACGCUAAAAGAAGGUCGUCGUAUGUGCAUUAGAUGAGAAAAAGAAAAGGGAGACUUGCUUGCUAUGAACUGUAUGUGAUUAAAGAACAAUAAAGAGCUGUGGAAGACCUGCAACUGAA